GCAAAAACAAAACCUCUGGUCACCUGACCUCCAAACCUGAUUGAAUGGGCUUGUAAACUACUUCCAUAUUUGGACUUCCUGCUUCCUGCCUGGCGCGAGCUGAUUGUGUCACGUCAACGGUGACACUGCAGAGAAAAGCGAGAAAUGAGUGUCCCAACGCAGCUCCUUCCCUCAGCAUGCGGCCCGGUGAGAGCUCAGAGGGCUCGCGCUCACCUCGCCGCGAAGGAUGCGUCGGAGCCCGCACUAGCGGCAAGGAACGCCGUCUGACGGGAGGAGGAGGAGGACGACGACGGAUGAGCAUGACGGACGAAGGGAUGACGGCGCGCUGUCUCCUGUGGAUCGUCGUCCUCGGCUCGCUGUGCAUGCACGCGCAAGGUUUUAUCUACACCUGUGGCGGCACCUUGAAGGGCCGAAACGGCAGUGUCGAGUCGCCGGGUUUCCCCUACGGCUACCCCAACGGGGCCAACUGCACCUGGGUCAUCGUCGGGGAGGAAGGCAGUCGCAUCCAACUCAUCUUCUUGUCGUUCGCCAUCGAAGAGGAGUACGACUUCUUGUCCUUGUAUGACGGACACCCGCACCCGGCCAACUUCAGGACCAGACUAACAGGUUUCCAGAUGCCAGCUCCGGUCACUAGCACUGGAAAUGUCUUCUCUUUGAGGCUGACGAGCGACUUCGCCGUCUCCGCACACGGCUUCAAGCUCAUCUAUGAAGAACUUCACAGUACGUCCUGUGGGAACCCCGGCGUCCCACCCAAAGCGGUGCUAAGCGGCGGCAGGCGUUUCGCUGUGGGGGACAGCGUGCGCUACAGCUGCGUGUCCGGCUACGUCCUGGACGGUCACGCCACGCUCACUUGCGUGCUCAAUGCCGGGAACAUAGCCGUGUGGGACUUCCCCGCUCCCGUCUGCCGAGCUGAGGACACAUGUGGGGGCACUGUGCGGGGCGGCAGUGGGGUGGUGACCAGUCCCGGUUACCCUGGCAACUAUGGUAACCAGGCCGACUGUACUUGGAUCCUAUUGGCCGAACCUGGAGACACCAUCUCUGUCGUCUUUACAGACUUCCACACCGAGGAGAAGUACGACUACCUUGAGGUGGAAGGAUCUGAGCCCCCGACCAUCUGGUUGUCGGGGAGCAACAUGCCGUCGCCCGUCGUCAGCAACAAGAACUGGCUCCGGUUGCAUUUCGUCACUGACAACAACCACCGGUACCGCGGUUUCAGCGCACACUAUCAAGUGAAGCGCUCAGUAGAUUUUAAGUCGCGGGGCGUUAAAUUGUUCCCUGGCAAAGACUCCGGCGGCAAGUUUUCAAUCUUAAAUGAAGGUGGCGUGCGACAGGCGUCAAACUCCUGCCCCGACCCGGGAGAGCCAGAGGAUGGUAAACGCCACGGCAACGACUUCAGCAUUGGCAGCGUGGUACAGUUCACCUGCGACGAAGAUUAUGUACUCCAAGGCAGCAAAACCAUAAGCUGCCAGAGAGUGGCCGAAGUCUUCGCAGCCUGGAGUGACCACAGGCCCGUCUGCAAAGUCAAGACCUGCGGCAGUAAUCUUCAGGGACCGUCAGGGACCUUCACAUCGCCCAAUUUCCCAAUUCAGUACGAGAGCAAUGCACAGUGUGUUUGGAUCAUCACGGCGUCAAACCCCAAUAAGGUCAUCCAGAUUAACUUUGAGGAGUUCGACUUGGAGAUUGCCUACGACACGCUGACCAUUGGAGAUGGAGGGGAGGUGGGGGAUCCUACCACCAUCCUGCAGGUCCUGUCGGGCAGCUUUGUCCCCGACCUGAUCGUCAGCAUGACCCACCAGAUGUGGCUCCACUUGCAGUCGGACGAGAGCGUCGGAUCCAUCGGCUUUAAGAUUAACUACAAAGAAAUAGAUAAGGAGAGCUGCGGGGAUCCCGGGACGCCUCUCUACGGAAUAAGGGAGGGCGACAGCUUCCUAAACGGUGGCAUCCUGCGGUUCGAGUGCCAGUUUGGGUUCGAGCUAAUCGGCGAGAAAAGCAUCUCCUGCCAGGACAACAACCAGUGGUCGGCGAACAUCCCUAUAUGCAUAUUCCCCUGCAUGUCCAACUUCACAGCUCCCUCCGGAACCGUCCUCUCGCCUGACUACCCGGAAGGCUACGGCAACAACAUGAACUGCGUGUGGCUCAUCCAGUCAGAGCCGGGCUCACGCAUCCACUUGGCGUUCAACGACUUCGACCUGGAGGCGCCCUAUGACGCGCUCACGGUAAAGGACGGCGAGACGGGCGACGCCGCCGUCGUCGGCAGAUUCUCGGGCGCCGAGAGCCCGUCGCACCUGACGUCCAACACCAACACGCUGAGGCUGGAGUUCCAAGCCGACCACUCCAUGUCAGGGAGAGGCUUCAACAUCACCUAUAGUACGUUCGGCCACAACGAGUGCCCAGACCCUGGGAUUCCAAUCAACGCCCGCCGCUUCGGAGACAGCUUCCAGCUGGGUAGCUCCAUCUCGGUGGUGUGCGAGGAUGGCUUUAUCAAGACCCAAGGAACUGAGACUAUCUCCUGCCAGCUGGAAAGAGGAAAGGUCAUGUGGAGCGGGCCCAUCCCCAAAUGUGAAGCCCCUUGCGGUGGACACUAUUCGGCCCCCAAUGGAGUGAUUCUGUCCCCGGGGUGGCCCGGUUACUACAAGGAUUCCCUCAGCUGCGAAUGGGUGAUUGAAUCAGAACCUGGGCGAUCCAUCAAAGUCACCUUUGACAGAUUCCAGACAGAACUGGGUUAUGACUUCCUGGAGAUCCACGACGGCCCCAACCUCCUGUCUCCGCUGGUGGGCUCCUUCAACGGCACCCAGGUGCCUCAGUUCCUGUUCAGCAGUACCAACUUCCUCUACCUGCUCUUCACCACAGACAACAGCCGCUCCAACGCGGGCUUCAAGCUAUUAUACGAGAGCGUCACAGUGGACAGCUACUCAUGCCUGGACCCCGGCAUCCCUGUUAACGGGAUCCGCUAUGGAAACGACUUCUCCAUCGGUUCUACGGUGUCGUUCGGCUGCGAUUCGGGCUACAGGCUGAGCCACGAGGAGCCCCUGGUGUGUGAGAAGAACCACUGGUGGAGCCACGCUUUACCCACUUGCGAUGCUCUGUGUGGCGGAGACGUCCGAGGCCCCUGGGGCACCAUCCUAAGUCCCGGCUAUCCCGACAGCUACCCAUCAUCGCUCAACUGCACCUGGACUGUGGAAGUCAGCCACGGCAAAGGCGUCCAGUUUCAGUUCAACUCGUUCCACCUGGAGGACCAGCACGACUAUCUGCUGGUCACAGAGAAUGGGAGUUUCCUGCAACCCCUGGCUCGCCUGACCGGCAACGAGUUGCCUGGCAACAUCAAUGCCGGCCUCUAUGGCAACUUCAAAGCCCAAUUACGAUUCAUCUCUGACUUCUCUAUUUCCUACGAAGGCUUCAACAUAACGUUCACGGAGUACACGCUGGAGCCAUGUGAGGAUCCCGGGAUGCCGCGCUUUGGUCGGAGAAACGGUUACAGCUUUGGCAUCGGCGACACACUGUCGUUCUCCUGCAAUAUGGGCUACCGCCUGGAGGGGGCGCCGGAGCUGAUCUGCUUGGGGGGCGGCCGCAGGAUGUGGAGCACGCCGCUGCCGAGAUGCGUCGCCGAGUGUGGUUCCUCCGUCAUGAACAACGAAGGCAUCCUGCUCUCGCCCAACUACCCGAUGAACUAUGACAAUAACCAUGAGUGCAUCUACAGCAUCCAGGUUCAGGCCGGGAAAGGCAUCAACAUAUCGGCCCGAACGUUCCACCUGGCCCAUGGGGACAUACUCAAGAUUCACGACGGCAAAGACAACACAGCCCACGUCUUGGGAGCGUUCACAGGCACGUCCAUGCUGGGCCUGACGCUCAUCUCCACCUCCAACCACCUGUGGCUGGAGUUUUACAGUGACCCAGAAGCUACGGGGGAAGGAUUCAAACUGGUCUACUCCAGUUUUGAGUUGUCUCACUGCGAGGACCCUGGCGUGCCGCAAUUUGGCUUUAAGCUCAACGACCAAGGACAUUUCUCUGGCAGCAGCAUUACGUACCGAUGCGAGCCCGGCUACACCCUACAUGGGGCCACCAUGCUCAAGUGCAUGACGGGCGAGAGGAGAGCCUGGGAUAACCCCCUUCCUUCCUGUAUCGCCGAAUGCGGUGGACGUUUUAAGGGUGAGUCUACGGGAAGGAUUCUUUCUCCUGGAUACCCGUUUCCCUAUGACAACAACCUGAGGUGCACCUGGACCAUUGAGGUGGACUCUGGAAACAUUGUUAGCCUUCAGUUCCUGGCGUUUGACACUGAGGCCAGCCAUGACAUGCUGCGGGUUUGGGACGGACCGGCCGCCAAUGAAAUGUCUCUGGCAGAACUCAGCGGGUCACUACUGCCUGAAGGCAUCCACUCCACCCUCAACAUCGUCACUGUUCAGUUCGAGACAGACUUUUACAUCAGCAAGUCCGGAUUCGCCAUCCAGUUUUCCAGCUCGGUAGCAACUGCUUGCAGGGACCCAGGGGUGCCUAUGAACGGCACCCGCAGCGGCGACGGCCGGGAGCCGGGGGAUUCGGUGUCCUUUCAGUGCGACCCGGGAUAUGAGCUCCAGGGGGACGACAAAAUCACCUGCAUACAAGUCGACAACAGAUACUACUGGCAGCCCAGCCCACCAGUCUGCAUCGCUCCCUGCGGAGGAAACCUGACCGGCUCCAGCGGCUUCAUCCUGUCCCCCAACUUUCCACAUCCCUACCCGCACUCAAAGGAAUGCGACUGGCUCAUAGCCGUCAAUCCCGAUUAUGUCCUGUCGCUCGCUUUCAUCAGUUUCAACAUUGAGCCAAACUACGACUUCCUGUACAUCUACGACGGUCCCGACAGCAACAGCCCUUUGAUCGGCAGUUUCCAAGACAGCAAACUGCCGGAGAGGAUUGAGAGCAGCUCCAAUACAAUGCACUUGGCCUUCCGCAGCGAUGGAUCCGUGUCCUAUGCCGGCUUUCACCUGGAAUACAAAGCCAAGUUGAGGGAGUCCUGCUUUGACCCGGGAGUGGUGCUGAAUGGGACCAGACUGGGAUCAGACUAUAAGCUGGGCUCGACUGUAACCUUCUACUGCGAGGCUGGAUAUGUUCUGCAGGGUUACUCUACUCUAACCUGCAGCAUGGGAGAUGAUGGCAGACCCGGAUGGAACAGGGCAUUGCCGAGUUGUCAGGCUCCCUGCGGAAGUCGAUCCACAGGAUCGGAGGGAACCGUUUUGUCGCCAAACUUCCCUCGAAACUACACAACUGGACAAACCUGCGUCUACUCCAUAGCUGUUCCACGAGAGUUUGUCCUGUUUGGUCAGUUUGUGCUCUUCCAGACGUCUCUGAACGACGUGGUGGAGAUCUACGACGGGCCUACUCAGCAGAACACGCUGCUGUCAUCUCUAUCCGGGUCCCACUCCGGAGAGUCGCUGCCACUCAGUUUGGGCAAUCAGAUCACCAUUACGUUUACGACGGUGGGACCAGAAACGGCAAAAGGCUUCCACUUUGUCUACCAAGCCGUGCCACGGACCAGCGCCACGCAGUGCAGCUCGGUCCCAGAGCCGCGCUUUGGACACCGCCUGGGCAACGAUUUUGCGGUGGGUUCUCUGGUCCAGUUCGAGUGCAACUCCGGCUAUGUCCUGCACGGCUCCACUGCCAUACACUGCGAGAGUGUGCCUGACAACCUGGCGCAGUGGAAUGACAGCCUGCCCACUUGUAUUGUUCCCUGCGGAGGUGUGUUGAGCUCCCGUCACGGGACCAUCCUGUCCCCUGGCUACCCGGAACCGUACGACAACAACCAGAACUGUGUGUGGAAGGUGUCGGUCCCUGAAGGCGCUGGAAUCCAGGUUCAGGUUGUGAGUUUCGCCACGGAGCACAACUGGGACUCUUUGGAUUUCUACGAUGGCGCUGACAACCACGCACCGAGACUGGGAAGCUACUCCGGCACCACCAUCCCACCACUGCUCAACAGCACAUCCAACAACCUCUACCUCAGCUUCAGCUCCGACAUCAGCGUCUCUGCUGCCGGGUUUCACCUGGAAUAUACAGCUAUCGGUUUGGAGUCAUGUCCAGAGCCCCAAACUCCAAACUACGGAAUAAGACAAGGGGAUCGUUUUAUGGUUGGCGACGUGGUACAGUUCUCCUGCGAACAAGGAUACUCUCUCCAGGGAAACGCCCACAUAACCUGUAUGCCAGGACCUGUUCGCAGAUGGAACUACCCGGUGCCUCUUUGUCUUGCACAAUGUGGUGGGUCCCUGACGGACGUAAGCGGUGUGAUCCUCAGCCCCGGUUACCCUGGCAACUACCCCAGCGGAUUAGACUGCACUUGGACCGUAAAUUUACCUGUCGGCUUUGGCAUUCAUCUGAAGUUUGUCAACUUUUCCACGGAAGCCAUCCACGACUACCUGGAGAUCCGCAGCGGUAGCCUAGAGACAGGCUCGGUCAUCGAUCGCUUCAGCGGUCCGCUCAUUCCCAAAGCUCUGUUCAGCACCACCCACCAGACCAGCUUCUUUUUCCACAGCGACUACUCACAGAAUAAGCCAGGCUUUCACAUCACCUUUCAGGCCUACCAGCUGCAGAGUUGCCCGGACCCCCGACCUUUCCGUAACGGCAUCGUGAUCGGCACUGACUUCAGUGUGGGGAUGACAGUGUCCUUUGAGUGUCUUCCCGGCUACUCCCUGAUCGGGGACGCUUCCCUGACGUGUUUGCAUGGCGUUAGCCGUAACUGGAACCACCCGCUACCACGAUGCGAAGCUCUUUGUGGUGGAAACAUCACCUCACUAAAUGGAACUAUUUACUCUCCCGGUCACCCUGAGGAAUACCCCAACUUCCAGGACUGUGUGUGGAGCGUGAGGGUCCCACCUGGACACGGGAUCUACAUCAACUUCACAGUGCUGAGCACAGAGCCCAUAUAUGACUACAUCACCGUGUGGGAUGGCCCAGACCAGUCGUCUCCUCAGAUCGGCCAAUUCAGCGGCAACACGGCUCUGGAGUCGGUCUACUCCACCUCCAACAUCAUCCUCGUCAAAUUCCACUCUGACUUCUCCGGAGCUGGGUUCUUUGUUUUGAGCUAUCACGCCUACCAAUUAAGGGUCUGCCAGCCCCCUCCGGAGGUGCCCAACGCUGACAUGCUGAUGGAGGACGGCGAGUUGGAGAUAGGUGACAUCAUUAGCUACAGGUGCCAUCCUGGAUUCUCAUUGGUCGGCAGUGACAUUCUCACCUGCCGCCUGGGAGAGCGGCUACAGAUGGACGCACCGCCUCCAACAUGCCAAGUCCAAUGCCCCGCCCAUGACGUGCGAUAUGACUCGUCGGGUGUCAUCCUGAGUCCGGGUUGGCCUGAGAGCUAUCCUAACCUGCAGAUGUGCUCGUGGAGCAUCAGCGUGGAGAAGGGCUACAAUGUCACCAUCACUUUUGAAAGCUUCCACACGGAGAGAGAGUUUGACGUGUUGGAAAUUUUUGAUGGUCCGUCGGCCAACGACCCAACGUUGGCCACGCUGAGUGGAGACCUACCGACGCCCUUCAACAUCACCACCUCUGGGCACCAGUUCCUGGUGCGCUGGUCGUCGGACCACGGCACCAACAAGAGGGGCUUCAGAAUUUGCUAUGUUGGUGAGUACCAAACACUGUACUGCUCCACGCCGGACUCGCCGCUGCACGGUUCCAUCUCAUCGCAGACCGGCGGCCACGUCAACAGCGUGGUGCGCUGGGCGUGCGACCGCGGUUAUCGCCUGGUCGGCAAUGCCACCGCCACCUGCCGCCGUACGCCACUCGCCCACCACGCCUGGGACUCGCCAGUGCCCGCGUGCCAAGCUGUGUCGUGCGGAGCCCCCAAGGCGCCGACAAACGGUGGCGUUUUAACAGCUGACUACUCGGUGGGAACUCGAGUCUCGUACUUCUGCAACGACGGUUACAGGCUCUCCAGCAAAGAGCUGACGUCCGCCAUCUGCCAGCCCGACGGGACGUGGAGCAAUCACAACAAAAUACCACGGUGCUCAGUGGUGGUGUGCCCCAGCAUCGGCUCCUUUUCACUGGAUCACGGCCGUUGGAGGAUCGUGAACGGCUCGCACUACGAGUACAGGACCCGCAUCGUGUUCACCUGCGACCCGGGCUACCACCGCUUAGGACCCGCUCACAUCAAGUGCCUCCCCACUGGCGUGUGGAGCUGGAAUAACGAGAGACCGCACUGUCAGAUCAUCUCCUGCGGCGAGCUGCCGUCCCCACCUAGCGGCAAGAAGAUCGGCACGCAGACGACCUUCGGGGCGACAGCCAUCUUCGCCUGCGACGCUGGCUUCAUGCUGGUGGGCUCAGCCGUCAGAGAGUGCCUGUCAUCUGGGCUGUGGAGCGGAACCGAGUCGCGCUGUUUAGCUGGUCACUGCGGCAUCCCCGAGGGCAUCGUCAACGGCCAAGUGAUUGGGGAGAACUUUGGUUACCGCGACACAGUGGUGUACCAGUGCCUGCCCGGCUUCCGGCUCAUAGGCUCAUCGGUUCGGAUUUGUCUCCAGGACAACCAGUGGUCGGGGCAGCUUCCCAUCUGCAUACCCAUCAGCUGCGGCCAUCCGGGCAGCCCCAUCUAUGGCCGCACGGUGGGGAACGGCUUCAACCUUAAUGAUGUAGUAAGCUUCGUGUGCAACCGGGGCUACGAGAUGGAGGGGCCGGCUCGUGCCCACUGCCAGGCCAACCGCCAGUGGAGCCACCCGCCCCCGACAUGUAAAGGUGGGGAGAAAAUGGUCAACUGCUCGGACCCCGGCAUCCCGGCCAACUCCAUCCGACAGAGCAAAAUUGAGCACGGCAAUUUCACCUUCGGCACGGUGGUGUUCUACGACUGCAACCCGGGCUACUAUCUGUUUGGCUCACCCGUGCUGAGCUGUCAGCCCACCGGACAGUGGGACAAGCCGCUGCCCGAAUGUAUAGUUGUUGACUGUGGCCACCCUGGCUCUCCCCCAAACGGCAUGCUGAGCGGAGAUAAAUUUACGUUCGGUUCGACAGUUCGAUACUCCUGUCUGGGUGGGAGGCAGCUAAAGGGGGAGUCGUCCAGGAUGUGUCAGCUCAACGGGAUGUGGAGCGCACCCAUGCCCUUCUGCUCAGGUGACACGACCGGCUCCUGCGGCGAUCCCGGCAUCCCGUCCCACGGAUCGAGGGAGCAGACAGAUUUCCGCAUCCGCUCCAAGGUCUUCUUCGGCUGCACGGAAGGCUACGAACUGAUCGGCUCGGCCGAAAGGAUGUGCUUCCCCAACGGGACGUGGUCCGGAAUGCAGCCAUUCUGUAAACCCGUCCAGUGUGGUAAUCCCGGUACUCCAAGCAACGGCAGAGUGUUUCGUCUGGACGGGACCACCUUCUCCCACUCUGUUAUCUACUCCUGCAUGGACGGCUACCUGCUCUCCGGCGCCACCACCAGGCUGUGUCAGGCCAAUGGGACCUGGUCAGGAAUACAGCCCAACUGUACCAUGAUAAACUGCGGGGAUCCUGGAGUUCCGGCAAAUGGCCUUCGCUAUGGAGAAGACUUUACCAUUGGCCAGAACGUAACGUUCCUGUGCCAACCCGGAUAUAGGAUGGAGGAGGACGGCUCGCCUAUCAGGACGUGCACUCAGAACGGGACAUGGAGUGGGAAUAUGCCCAUAUGCACAGCCGUGACGUGCCCGACACCCCCCGCCGUCAGCAACGGGGUCCUGCAGGGCAGCGACUUCGAGUGGGGCAGCAGCGUGAGCUACAGCUGCUCACCGGGCUACGAACUAUCCUUCCCGGCUGUGCUCACCUGCGUGGCCAACGGUAGCUGGAGCGGGAUGCUGCCGCAGUGCUUACCCAAGUUUUGUGGUGACCCCGGUACACUGGCGGGUGGUUCCCGAGAGGGCCGGAGUUUCAUCUACCAAUCGGAAGUGACCUUUUCCUGCGCCCCGCCGCUCCUUCUGGUCGGCACAACGACCAGGCUCUGCCAAAGUGACGGAAGCUGGAGCGGUACCCAGCCACGCUGUAUAGAGCCCACCAAGACUAGCUGUGACAACCCGGGAACACCCAGAUACGGAUCCCUCAACCGCACCUUUGGAUUUAAGGUGGGCAGCGUUGUGUCCUUCCAGUGCCAGCCAGGUCACCUGAUCCAAGGCUCCUCCUCCAGAACUUGCCAGCCAGACCUGAGAUGGAGCGGGACGCAACCGGAGUGCAUACCGCACGCUUGCAAGCAGCCGGAGAGCGCGCUCCACGUGGACGUGGUGGGCAUGGACCUGACGGGCUUCGGCUACACGCUGGUGUACAGCUGCCAGCCCGGCUACUUCCUCGCCGGGGGCUCCGAGCACAGGGUCUGCAAGAGUGACGGCACCUGGACCGGAAAGAUGCCGAUAUGUCGCGCUGGAGAGAAGAAGAAAGCUGUGAAACCAGCAAUGGGAACUCCGAGCCCAAAACUGAAUGUUCCCGACGACGUGUUCGCCCCCAACUACAUCUGGAAAGGCUCAUACAAUUACAGGGGCAGGAAGCAGCCCAUGACGCUGAGCAUCACCAGCUUCAACGCCAGCACGGGCAGAGUCAAUGUCACACUGAGCAACGGCAACAUGGAGCUGCUGCUGUCAGGCCUUUAUAAGACGUCUGAAGCACGUCUGCUGCUGCUGAUGUAUCACGUGAACUACGUUCAGCAGGGAAAUCAGCUCAAAGACUCAAACAUCUCUCCGGCCAAAAUCAUAGAAGACUCGUGGACCAUGGAUGGAUUUGUGUCGGCCGAACCCGACGGUUCCAGUUACGUAUUCCAGGGUUUCAUUCAGGGAAAAGACUACGGACAGUUUGGACUCCAACGACUUGGUCUGAAUAUGUCGGAGAGUCAGAAUUUGCAUCCGCCUCAGCUGGGCACCAACAGCAGCUCGGUGGCCAUCGCGAUCCUGGUGCCUUUCUUCGCACUCAUCUUCACCGGCUUCGGCUUCUAUCUCUACAAACAAAGGACCACGCCGAAGACCCAGUACACUGGCUGCUCGGUCCACGAAAACAACAACGGGCAGGCUGCCUUCGAGAACCCCAUGUACAACACCACCGCCAAGGCGGUGGAGGGGAAGGCGGUCCGUUUCGACCCCAAUCUCAACACGGUCUGCACUAUGGUCUGAGGCUCCAUGACGGACAGGAACCAGACCGGAAAACAGUUCCCGGCAUUCAGAAUGGUCUUUGCCGCUCGGUCUGGAAUCUCUAUUUGCAGAGAGUAGCAAACGUUUUUAUAACAUAGGGGAAAAAAACUCAGAAGCAAAAGAAGGGAUGAGGGCAGCCCUGGAGACGGCGUCCUUAAUCCUGAUUGAACGGCGGAUUAAAGUCAAAAGGGAGCCCGGGCCCCAGUGGAACAGAUGAGAGGAGGAUGAGGCUGACUCACAGAAUGCUUAAACCGCUCCUUUCCCAUUCCGGUGGACGGAAAGGGUGAGCAGACGCAGACAACCCCGAACUGAACUGAAAGUCAAUCAGCAAAUCGUCUAGAGAAAAGCGGGAGAUUAAGAUCUUCAAAUCCCUUCACUGCUAAUCAGAGCAAACCUGAACCUUGGAGCUGUUUUUGGAAUGGCAGAUGUUCCUGAUUCAGUGAAUUCCAAUGGACUCUGAUGCGAGACGGACUAACAAAAAGACUGAGACAGACAUUCUGGCUCUGGUACUAAAGCACAUUGGACAGGAAACACGUCCUGUCUGCCUCGGCGAAACGGAGAAUAGGACACUUGGACGGGAUCAGUCGAGACAGAACCUGCGGCGGAGCGCUUGAAACGCCGCCGCCACCAGAAGCAGGGUUUGCCGCCCAGCGAACGUGGACCGCCGCCGUGGUUCCACUGUGAUCCUGCACUCCGCGAGUGCUUCCUCUUUUAUUUGUUACUACUGCAGAAUCUUCUGAUCUGUAAAUCUAUUGCGAAUAUAUAUACAUAUAUAUAUUCGGGAGUGGUCACCACCUAUAUUUUUGUGCUAUAUAUAAAUAUAUAUAUGCCAACAGGGACGAGCCCGGACAGAUCAUAGCGGCAGAUUCUAACUUUGGGUUUUCCGAAAAAGAGUCCAACAACCACAUUUGUUUUGGGGGGGGUGGUAUUCUAAAUGCGUUAAUUUUCCUUCGUAGAAUGUGAAGUGGCACAUGUUCAUCGCUUUUUGUGGUCUGGUUGUCGUCACAGUGGAGAUGCGAGGUUCCACAAUUUCUGUUGCAAAGGAUUCAGGUGAUCUGAGCCCCUUUAACACUGGCCUUCUGAGAUGGCAUUUUAACACCAAGACUCACUACCUGUGCUCUUUUAACUGUCACUGUCGCCCUGCAUCUAACAAUUUGAAUACACGAAGCCGCAACAGCUGCGUGAACGUUAUUUUAGAGCUAAUCUUUUGCCUAUACUUUUUGGCAAAGACGAAUCAUAGCAGCAGAUUACAAUGUUGGAUUUUUUGAAAGAGAUAUUUGACAAUUGACGGGUUUUUUAAAAAAGAACUGUGAAUUUUCCUCAUACAAUGUGACAUCGCACACAUUCGUCGUUCUUUGUGGUUUGUUUAUCGUUAGUGUUAGGAUGCGAAGUUCUUUGAUGUUUCCUUUAAAAUUUUCUAAUUUGCAAAGGAUGCAAUUGGUAAAAACCCCUUUCACAUUGGCUGUCGACGCUGGUUUAUUCCCCUUUUUUGAGUUGAAAGCAAUUUUCACUGUUGCCCAAACAUCAACAUGCAUCUAAUGAUCUGAAUGCCUGAAGCUGUAACGGCUUUGUGAAUCGGAAUUGUCAGUUCCCUACGUCGACGGAUAAAAUGCGCACCGAUUUGCCGGGAAACUAGUUUUGAAAGGGACUACUGUUGGAAUCCAGUGAAAUGUACCGGGAUAGUUCUGAUUUUUAGAAGUUUUAUCAUUUUGGCUAAAGUUUCAGUUCCCUAUGAGAUAUCCCAUCUACAAAGUCAUUAUUGUCCAUCCAACAUAUCUUUGCGCACAGGUCAGUUUUAUUUGGAUCGUGUAGAAAUUUGGUGUUUGUAGUAAUACUUAAGAUCUCAACUUGGGCCAAAACUCUAGCUUCAAUUUUUAUUUUUGAAUCCU